AUGGUUGGGGAAUACCACCUUCCAAGAGGAACAGAAAUCCAGAAGACGUUCUGUUUUAGAGUCCCUGCCACCUGGGCAGAUAACAAGAGAAAAGUUAACUUACCCAGCAUGGUAGUAAAAAUGUCAAACAGUUACAGCCAGCCAAAACCUGGAGCAGCUCCUGCUCCUGUCAGUCAGGGAACAGAAAACUGCUUAUCCAGUGGACAGUAUAUCUGUUUGUCUCCCAAAAAGGUUGGUGAUGACAUCGCCAAGGCAACAGGUGACUGGAAGGGGCUGAAGAUCACAGUGAAACUCACUAUCCAGAACAGGCAAGCUCAGAUGGAGGUUGUCCCUUCUGCCUCUGCCCUGAUCAUCAAAACCCUCAAAGAGCCUCCCUGUGACAGGAAGAAGCAGAAGAACAUUAAAUACAGUGGCAGUGUCAGCUUUGAUGAGAUAGUAAACAUCGCACACCAGAUGAGGCACAGGUCUUUGGCCCGGGAGCUCUCUGGAACUAUUAAGGAGAUUCUAGGAACAGCUCAGUCUGUUGGCUGCAAUACUGAUGGUAGACAUCCUCAUGAUGUCAUCGAUGACAUCAACAAUGGCACAGUAGAGUGCCCAGCUAGCUGAGACAGAAGCCAAGAAGAACUCUCAACAUGAAAGCUGAUUAAGAUUUUUUGUGACAAUUACGAACCCUCAGUAAAACCUGCAGUUGUCUGAGAAUGGUCUGGUAGUUUAAAUACAGGAUCCAGGUUGUCAUUUGAAGGUGCCAAAUGCUGGAAUCUAAACACAUGGUUACUUCCAGACAAUCUUUAUUCUGCCACAUCAAGAUUACACGAUUUUUUUCUGGUCACACACUGAACUAAUAUCUAUUAGCUACACUAACAGGUUGUCCUUGAGAGACCCCCUGCAUUUUGGAAUGGAGAAAACAUGCUACAUAAAUGUUACAAAGGUUAAAAGUGAAGAUUGCCUCUAAUUCUAAUGGAGACUAUACCUUACAAGGUGGAACUUAAAGUGCCACUGUACUUGAACUGGCUUUGCUUAACUCCUAUCCCUCGUAAAACUUGCCAUCAUAAAUAUAUGUAUUCCUUGUGAGGAAAAAAAAAUUAUUCUGCUGUACCCAACUGUCCUGGGUCUAUCACAGUACCUACAUAGUUUUGAGGAUCUGGGUCUAUGCUACUGAAAGUAAGUGUUUCUGCAGUUGAGGUAAUGGAAUAUAUGGGACAUUUCCAGUAUGUUUUCUUCCUCUGAAGCCCAUGCAGAUUACUAAGGCUAUAUCUACACUACACAGCUUUUGUGUUGCUACAGCCAUGCUGCUAAAAGUUGCACAGUGUAGCCACUGUUUGUCAGCUCUCCUGACGACAACCCCGUUUGCACUGUCGGCAGGAGAGCGCUCCUGCUAACAAAGUACUGUUCACACUGGCGCUUGUUGUGGCAAAACUUUUGUCUUUCAGGGGUAGGGGGCUAACACCUCUGAAAGACAAAAGUUUAGUCGUUCAAUUGCCAGUGUAGCCUGAGACUUACGUGUGUUCAUCAACAGAAUAGACCCCACAAUGUCUGCUCACAAAUGCCUCCUGUAGGCAAUUCUCAAAGGAGUCAAGCUUCCUGGGAAUCUUACUUACACCACUCUGCCGUGGAAUGUGUGGAUGUUAGCACAUGUCUUGGGUCUCUUUUCUAUACAUGCAGCCAAGGUUCAUGGAUUUAUUAACUCUGAAACUCACAUUUUCUCCUGUUUGAUGUGGUGGCUUAAGACCAGUACUCUACAAGCUUCUUUAGUUAUCCACACAUAUUUUUUUUCCUUUGUCAAUUAAUUUAUCUUAUGCUUUCCCCACAACAGUUGAAUACAUUGUUAGAGAACUCAGUAAGUAUGUCAAGAAAGGGAGAAAACUUCCAAAGACUCACAUAAGAAAGCAAAACCACACGGCUGGUUUUGAACCUAGAGUCUAGCUCAUUGCAGCCAACUUUUCAGCCAGCAUGUCAUACAUAUGUAAGACAGGAAUGGAUUUGGUGCUAUGCACAUAUUUUCUGAACCACUGAAGUUUUUCUCUAGCUAUUAUUUACUUGCUUAAGUUUCCAUAUACAGUACAUACAAAUCUAAAAAUACCCAUGACUCUCUGGGGAUCUGCCAUUUCUGACCCCAUCUCUGAAACAGGGAAAUAAUUUCUCUGUAUAAGUGCAGCAAUCAGGAAAAAUAAUAAUCUUGACUUUUAUUGUCAAUAAGGAUGAAAAUCUAUGGCCUUGUCUUUUCCUUUGGCCUCUAUAGAAACUCUUGCAUCAACCAGCUGGGGCCAUGUAUGGCCUUUGAAAGGCACCCAUCGUCUUGGUAUCUAUGGGCAGAUAUGUAAUUGUAAUAUUUUAUGAGAAAGAGAGAGAGAGUUCUACACAAGAAAAAGUCAUAAUCAAGCUAGUCCAAGCAAGGUCUUGGCAUUAGGAAUUUACUGAGCUCUAAUCCUGGCUCUGACCUCUGAGUCAGCUCCUCAUCUGAAAAAUGGAGAGAAGAAUAUUUAUCUCCCAAAGCUGUUGUGAGGAACGAUGAGUUUAUGUUUGUGGAGUGCUUUGAAGAUUCAGGCCCCGAUCUUGCAAACAUUUACACCAUGUUUAAUUUUAAACACUACUCAAGUGCAUAAAAUUAAGCAUGUGUUUGCAGAAUUGAUGACUAUAAAGACUGAGUAUGAAUUAUAUAGAUCAGUUAACCUCCUCAUUUUUCUGUCUGUUGAAUUCACCCUUGUGGCAACAGUAUGAUAUUAGCGGCAAAGAGUCCUGUGGUACCUUGUAGACUAACAGACGUAUUGGAGCAUAAGCUUUCGUUAUAAGCAAGCAUUACCCACUUUGUCGGAUGCAUGUAGUGGAAAUUUCCAGAGGCAGGUAUAAAUAUGCAAGCAAGAAUCAGGCUAGGGAUAACGAGGUUAGUUCAAUCAGGGAGGAUGAGGCCCUCUUCUAGCAGUUGAGGUGUGAACAUCAAGG